AUGGACCUGCUGCCGAACCCUCUCCAGACUCCCGCCUCGAACAGGCAGGUCUUCACCGCAUGGGUCGUUGGCCAACCCGGCGUCGGCAAGCGAGGCCUGAUUGUGCGGCACACGGCUAGGGUUUUCGUGGAAUAUGACGUCUUCUGGGACGGCUCCGGGCGGAGAGACCACCACACCGGGGAAGCUUCUUUUGUCCUCGAGCUGGUCGCAUCUGAGUGCAUCUCCGACGCUACCACAGGCCGCCGUCCAGAGGGCCUCAUCCUGCUGUACUCUGUGGCCCAUCGCGCCGGGUUUGACGCCCUGAAACGCCUGCACGCAGACGUGCAGACCGAGCUGCCGCACGCGCAGGGGCUGCCUGUGCUGGUUGUUGCAACCAUGACUGAUCUUCCCCACAACGCCUGGCAGGUCCGGGUGGAGGAAGGCGAGGCUUUCGCGGAAAGUAUCCAGGCGCCGUUUCGACAGUGUUCAGCCCUAACUGGUGCCGGGGUGGACGAGCUCAUGGACGAGCUCUUUCAGGACAUGGCAGCCGCCCGAUCCGAUGCGGAGAAGGAUGACAUUAUUGCUACGACCCCGCCGAAGCAAGCUAUGAUAAUGCAACACUCGGAUCCGGCGGUCUUCCUGAAGAUCCACAAGGAGCAUCUGACUUUAUUUGGAAAGGUCCGGGCCUCUCUCAACCGUGUUUUUCGAUACAAAUUGUCAGGGUAG